GCGCGUGGGCUCUGCGAGGGCGCCAGACCCGGGUGGGCGGCGCUUUGGCCUUGGGGCAGAGAGACUCAUGCGACCACCGACGGCCUCAGAGUCCGAGCAGGGCCUGCCCGGAGGUCCCAGCACCAGGAGCCUCAGCGGGCCCCCAGAGGAGACCCCUGAGAGAGACUCGGGGAGAACAGGGUGGAAGCCCCCGGCCAAAGAUGCUUUCAAAGACAUUUCCGUGUACUUCUCCAAGGAAGAAUGGACAGAGAUGGGAGACUGGGAGAAAAUCCGAUACAGGAAUGUGAAAAGGAACUACGAAGCCCUGAUAACUAUAGGUCUCAGAGCCCCUCGACCGGCUUUCAUGUGUCACCGCAGGCAGGCCAUCAUACCACGAGUAGAUGACACUGAGGAUUCGGAUGAAGAAUGGACGCCAAGGCAGCAAGUCAGACCUUCUUGGGUGGCAUUCAGAAUGGAGCAGAGUAAACACCAGAAGGGAGUACCCAGAGCGCCAUUAAGUAAUGAAUCUAGUUUGAAGGAAUUAUCAGAAACAGCAAAGUUGCUGAACACAAGUGGCUCAGAGCAGGGCCAGAAACCAGUGUCCCAUCCUGGAGAAGCAAGUACCUCUGGACAUCACUCCCUACGAAAACUGGAACUCAGGAGAAAGGAUGUUGAAGUAAAGAUGUAUAGUCUACGAGAAAGGAAGAGCCUUGCAUACCAGGAGGUCAGCGAGCCCCAGGAUGAUGAUUACCUCUAUUGUGAGAAGUGUCAGAACUUCUUCAUUGACAGCUGUGCUGUUCACGGGCCCCCUACAUUUGUAAAGGACAGUGCAGUGGACAAGGGGCAACCCAACCGCUCAGCCCUCACUCUGCCCCCUGGGCUGAGAAUCAGACCAUCAGGCAUCCCUCAGGCUGGGCUUGGAGUAUGGAAUGAGGCAUCUGAUCUGCCAUUGGGGCUACACUUUGGCCCCUAUGAGGGCCAAAUCACAGAAGAUGAAGAGGCAGCCAACAGUGGAUACUCCUGGUUGAUCACCAAAGGAAGAAACUGCUAUGAGUACGUGGAUGGAAAAGAUAACUCUUGGGCCAACUGGAUGAGGUAUGUGAACUGUGCCAGGGAUGAUGAGGAGCAGAACCUGGUGGCCUUUCAGUAUCGCAGGCAGAUCUUCUACCGAACCUGCCGGGUCAUCAGGCCAGGCUGCGAACUGCUGGUCUGGUAUGGGGACGAGUAUGGCCAGGAGCUGGGCAUCAAGUGGGGAAGCAAGUGGAAGAGCGAGCUCACGGCAGAGAAAGGAGACAGAGCUUGCAUUGUCAACACAAUAAAAAUGAGUACCAGGAUGGCCUUACCAGGAGACAAAGCAUACCACACAGCCAGUGGCAUCAACAUCUACCUGACCAAAAAUUUCCUUUUUCAGCAGAACCAAAGCCAGAGAUACAUCCCUGUCCUUCUUGCACUCUGGCUUUCUCCAGUCAGAAAUUCCUCAGUCAACAUUUGGAACGCAGUCACCCUUCUCAGAUCCUCCCACGAAUAUCUGCAGGGGAACAUUUCCAGCCAGAGGAUCCCUGCCCAGGCGAACAAAAUCACCAGCAGCAGCAACAUUCUGAUCCGCAGAACUGGAAUGACAAAGCUAAAGGUCAAGAGGUCAAAGAAAGUUUCAAACCUUUGCUUGAAAGUAUAAGGCAGAGGAGAAAUUCAAGAGCCUUUCCCACCCCAUGCGAAGGACAAACAGGGUAUGAGGGAAUGGUGGAGGAAGAGCCCA